CGCAUUCCAGAGUGGGCACCUUUCAGAACGCACAGGAGCAGAAAACGCCGGAGAAGAACUUAUAUUCAAACCAUUCUUUAAACCUUCAAUUAAAUAUGCAUCCUAACCCGGGUACCUGGCUGGGCGUAGUGACAUUUAUUGUCUGGACCUUCAUUUGUAUUGGGACACUCGCGGAGGGCUACCCGGUCAAACCCGAAAACCCUGGUGAAGAUGCACCAGCGGAGGAACUCGCCAAGUAUUACUCUGCUCUCAGACAUUACAUCAACCUCAUCACAAGGCAGAGGUAUGGGAAGAGAUCCAGCUCUGAUACACUGGAUACACUGAUCUCAGAACUGCUGCUAAAGGAGAGUGCAGACACAAUCCCACAGUCCAGGUAUGACGAACCUUCGUUGUGGUAACAAUGUCUAUGUCCCCACCCAGCACCCCACCUCAUUGCAGUGCCGACAAGCUAUUGACCUCAACAACAUGGCCGCUUCACCAUGGCCAAAGCCCAAUCCUAACAUGUGACUGGUGCACCAUGGGUUGCUUGAUGUAUGCAUCCUCCUCUCUUCCUCGUACUUCAUCCAGGGGCUACUCCUGUGCCAUAAAUCUGUACAUAGUCUUAUUGAAUUCAAUAACUGUGCAUUGUUAGUGUAAGUCAGGGGAGAUAAUUAUUGAUUGUAUGGUCAAAACUGCUAUUAAAGAUUCAGUGUAUAAAGGA